AUUGGCGGGAAUGCGUAUGAAUUCACCUCCUAUAUGAAACAACUCUUUGGCCUUUCAGUUGUAUUCAAAACAGAUUAUUCGAUUAGAAAAUUCAGGUUAAUCAAGAUUUUGAUUUUUGCUCCAGCAUAUCAUCAUAUAAAGUCAUUUUCUGCAUUGAAUAUGACAAGAACUAUAUUUUGACCCCUGACAUUGACCUUUAAAUUCCCGCGUUUUUUGAUCACGCUGAAAUCAAAACAAUGGCGGAAGAAGCAUCGUCUGACCCAUUCUCUGCUGUCACCAGUCCUUCAAGCACAAGGUCUUCACCAAGGAGACGAAGGAGGGGUAGAGAUCCAGUCACCUCGAGCCCUGGAAGAGAUUUACCUCCCUUUGAAGAUGAAUCUGAAGGUGACCUACUUGGAGAGCAGCCAGUUGUUGAAGAAGAUGAGGGGGAAGAACUGUUUGGAGAUAAUAUGGAAAGGGAUUACCGUGCAAUUCCUGAGCUGGACACCUAUGGUCAGGAAGGAAUGGAUGAUGACCCUGAUCUCUCAGAUAUAUCACAAGGAGACAGGGCAGAAGCUGAGCGUGCGAUGAGGAAGAGAGACCGCGAAGAUGAAAGGGGAACUGGUCGAAUGAGACGGGGACUCCUCUAUGAUGAAAGUGAUGAAGAUGAGGAAGUUCCUUCUAGGAGAAGAAGAGUUGCAGAGCGAGCAGCAGAAGGUGGAGAGGAUGAAGAUAUGAUUGAGAGCAUUGAAAAUCUUGAGGAUAUGAAGGGGCACACUGUGAGAGAAUGGGUCUCCAUGGCAGCCCCAAGAAUGGAGAUAUUUAACAGAUUCAAAAAUUUCUUGCGAACAUUUGUUGAUGACAAAGGCCAUAAUUUAUUCAGAGAAAAAAUCAGGACAAUGGUCGAAGGUAACAAGGAAAGUUUGGUGGUUGAUUAUAAUGUGCUGGCCUCUGUUGAACAAGUCCUUGCUUACUUUCUGCCUGAAGCUCCUGCAGAGAUGCUUAAGAUAUUCGAUGAGGCUGCCAAGGAAGUUGUCUUGAGUAUGUACCCCAGAUAUGACAAAAUCGUCAAGGAGAUACAUGUCCGUGUGUCCGAACUGCCACUUGUAGAAGAUCUAAGAUCUCUAAGGCAGCUUCAUUUAAACCAGUUGAUUCGCACCAGUGGUGUUGUUACAAGCACAACAGGUGUUCUCCCACAGCUGUGCAUGAUUAAGUAUGACUGCAACAAAUGCUCAUUCGUUCUUGGACCCUUUUAUCAGUCUCAAAACCAAGAAGUUAAACCAGGUUCUUGCCCAGAGUGUCAAUCAAAUGGGCCAUUUGAAAUUAACAUGGAACAGACCCUAUACAAAAACUACCAGAGAGUAACUAUGCAGGAAAGUCCAGGUAAAGUCCCACCUGGUCGACUUCCACGGUCCAAAGAUGCUAUAUUACUGGAGGACCUCGUAGAUACUUGUAAACCAGGGGAUGAAAUCGAGCUGACAGGAAUUUACCACAACAAUUACGAUGGCUCACUUAACAUAGCAAAUGGAUUUCCUGUAUUUGCAACUGUAAUACAAGCAAACUAUAUCACUAAAAAAGACGAUAAGCUAGCAGCAAGCGCAUUGACAGAUGAUGAUGUCAAGACAAUUGUACAAUUGGCUAAGGAUGAACGUAUUGGAGAGCGACUAUUUGCUAGUAUAGCACCUUCCAUAUAUGGACAUGAUGAUAUUAAACGAGCAAUUGCAUUGACUAUGUUUGGAGGAGAGCCUAAAAACCCAGGUGGCAAACACAAGGUGCGUGGAGACAUCAAUGUCCUACUAUGUGGUGACCCAGGUACAGCCAAAUCCCAGUUUCUCAAGUAUGUGGAGAAGACAGGUCAUCGUGUAGUGUUCACCACUGGGCAGGGUGCCUCUGCUGUAGGUCUCACUGCAUAUGUGCAGAGAAAUCCAGUGUCAAGGGAGUGGACUUUAGAGGCAGGAGCCCUUGUACUUGCUGAUAAAGGAAUCUGCUUGAUUGAUGAGUUUGACAAGAUGAAUGAUGCUGACAGGACAUCUAUUCAUGAAGCUAUGGAACAACAGAACAUCUCUAUAUCUAAGGCUGGUAUUGUGACAUCACUACAGGCUCGUUGUGCCGUUAUAGCAGCUGCAAAUCCUAUUGGAGGACGCUAUGACCCAUCUUUGACAUUUUCAGAAAAUGUUGAUUUAACUGAACCAAUUCUGUCCCGUUUUGACAUCUUGUGUGUGGUCAGAGACACUGUGGACCCAGUUGUUGAUGAGAGACUGGCUAGAUUUGUUGUUGGGAGCCACAUGAAGCAUCAUCCCAAUGUAGAGGAUGGCUCAGACCUUGCAAUUACGGAUCUGCCUGAUAACAGUGGGCUUGAGAAGAUACCUCAAGAGAUGUUGAAGAAGUACAUCAUAUAUGCUAAAGAGAAGGCCCACCCUAAACUUAAUCAGAUGGACCAAGACAAAAUAGCAAAGAUGUACUCAGAUCUCAGGAGGGAGUCCAUGGCUACAGGCAGUAUUCCAAUCACUGUGCGUCACAUUGAAUCUAUGAUUCGUAUGGCUGAGGCUCAUGCUAAGAUGCAUCUUAGAGACUAUGUAAGGGAGGAUGAUGUAAAUAUGGCAAUCAGGAUCAUGUUGGAGAGUUUUGUUGACACACAAAAAUACAGUAUAAUGAGGAGCAUGAGAAAGAAUUUCUCACGUUACCUAUCGUUCAAGAAAGAUAACAAUGAACUGCUACUGUUUAUCCUGAAGAAUUUGGCCCAAGACCAGAUGUCUUACCACAGGAACAAGUUUGGACCAGAGCCUGAUGCUUCAAUAGAAAUCUCAGAAAAAGACUUAGCUGACAAAGCACGCCAGCUAAACAUUACAAAUCUUGUGGACUUUUUUGAAAGCGAUAUAUUCCAAUCACAUAAAUUCACUCAUGAUCCCAAAAGGAAAAUGAUUGUACAAUCAUUAAUGUAGGACUACUCCGGAAGAAUUGGGACAACUUAACUUCAUAGAUGCUGAUGAUACAACAAUGCAUAGGAACAAAUAAGGAGAUUGUUGUUAGAAUAGUUACCCUGAAAUUGUAUUGAAACUCUGAAAUCAUGAACAUUUUGUUGACAAUAACUCCUUGAAACUGAUUAACAGAUUAUCAUUGAAAAUCUCUGAAAUCAUGAAUAUUCAUAUAUCAUGAUCAAUGAUAAUGAUAAAGCAUCUGCAGAGACUGAAUUUUAUUUAAAUGUGCCGUUUCAAACCUAGUUUAUAUAUGACUAUCUUUCGGCUUUUAACAUGAAUUGGGACUUGUGAACUCCCAAAUAAUCACAUCCCAAAUUAUCACUGUUAGUGAAUAUGAGUUCCUUUCGAAUGGUAUUACAUUCUUACAUAAUUAUAAUACAGAUAUAUUAAAGCACAAAGAAUACACUAAGUGGCUACUAUUUAUGGAGUUAAACACUUAUGGAUAUAAUGCUUAUCUUUAUGUAAAAAUCAUGAGACGUUUCGUUAUGUACAUUGUAGUGUACAUAUGCUUUGAACACUGUAAAAUAAUAUUUAGACUGAAAUUGAAUAUUUUGAAUUGAAUCAUGUACAAAAAUGCCAAAUUCAUCUAGAAAUCUCUCUAUUCCUGUAUUUUGUCUUUAUUUUAUUUUUUUGUUUUUGAUUGUAAAAUGCAUGUAAAACUGCAAAAGUUGUACUAUAUUUUUUAUAAAUGCAAAUAAAUUCAAUUGAAUGUACUAUGUAAAUAAUAUAUAUUUUGAUUGUUAGCAAGAGUAAUUGAUCCAAGGUUUUGAAAAAGGAUAUACGGGCGAUUUAACCAGGUCAACCAUGUGAGCUAAUAAGAUACUUAAGAUUAAGAUACACUUAAUUUGGAUACUAUUUUAAUUGGUGGAUCAAAAAAAAGUCUGCCAAAUAA